GCUGCCAGACAGUCGUUCCGGAUGUCCAAGUACAAAGUCUUUGUGAUGAGGCAUGGAGAAGGAGCCUGGACCAAAGAGAACCGCUUCUGCAGCUGGGUGGACCAAAGGCUGAGUGAGGACGGGGUCAAGGAGGCUUUGGCGUGCGGUCACCUCCUGAAGGAAGCAGGCUACCACCUGGAUGUAGUAUUUACCUCCCUGCUCGGCCGAUCCAUCCACACAGCCUGGCUGUUGUUGGAAGCCAUGGGGCAGGAGUGGGUCCCCGUGGUCAGGACGUGGAGACUCAACGAGCGCCAUUAUGGUGCCCUGAUUGGGCUGAAUAGAGCUGAAAUGGCCCUAAACCAUGGUGAGGAGCAGGUGAAACAGUGGCGGAGGAGCUAUGACCUCACGCCGCCCCCUAUCGACGAAUCACACCCGUACUUCCAGGAGAUCUACAAUGACCGCCGGUAUUCUACCUGUGACGUGUCUAAAGAGGAUCUUCCGAAGUCGGAGAGCCUGAAGGAUGUCUUGGAGAGGCUCCAGCCAUACUGGGACGGCACUAUUGUGCCGGAGAUCAAACAGGGGAAAUUGGUGCUCAUCUCUGGGCAUGGGAAUAGCUGCAGGGCCCUGCUGAAACACCUGGAAGGUAUUUCAGAUGCUGAUAUCGUCAAUGUGACGUUACCCACUGGGACACCCAUUCUGAUUGAGCUGGAUGAGAACUUCCGGCCCACCAAACCCAUGCAGCUCCUGGGAGACCAGAAAGCCAUCCAGGCAGCCAUCAGGAAGGUGGAGGACCAGGGUAAGGUCAAACAAACGGCCUGAACAUAGUCAACUGGAUUCUAGUCAUUCUGGAUUGUAGAAUAUACUCAACUGGAUUCUAGUCAUUCUGGAUUGUAGAAUAUACUCAACUGGAUUCUAGUCAUUCUGGAUUGUAGAAUAUACUCAACUGGAUUCUAGUCAUUCU